AUGCCGGACUUACUGGACCUCCCGAACGAGCUGCUGCUAAGGGUUGUAAGCACCCUCCCGCGCUCGCAAGACGUGGCUGCCGUUGCUGCCACUUGCAAGCUACUCAACCACGUUGCCAGUGGUGAGCUUUACGAGAACAUCCGACUGCAAAUAUCUGGGCCUGGCCAUCGCAAGGACCUCGGAGUCAUUGUGAAGUUGGCUUCGUCCGUCUUUGUCGGCGAUCCUGUCUUGCGAAACUCCACAAAAACCAUCAGCAUAACCAUACCUGACGUAUUCACUCGCUAUCUUCCUCGGCUCGCUCCACCCGAGAUUCAGAACAUGAUUAGCGCUGCAGGCUCAGAAGAAAUGAUGAAACGAUGGUGCGUAAAGACCUCGGAUCAAAGAGCCAACCUUCGCGGCGGCCACAUUUGGGCAUACCUGGCACUUCUCCUGCACGCCUGCCGGAACAUCCGCUCCUUGCGUCUCGAUGGGAACUUCUUCGUCAUGCUGGACUUCUGGCAGACUGACCUGGACGCCUUCGAGAAGCUCGAAACCGUUGAACUACUUAUAAGUCGCGCCCCUAGCAUUCCUCGUCCUCCGCCCAGCGCCGUCGUCAUCGCAGGUCUCUCUCAUAUCCCGAACCUCAAAACACUUCGUCUCACCGCCAGUGGAGACUGGAUCAGUAGUCUCAGACCUGUGCGCCGUUCAUUAUGCAGAACCCAUUACCCACCAUUCGCGCACCUUACCGCCCUCGCACUUUGGAAAUGCGAGCUGAGGAUGCUGGCCAUUCGUGCCUUGCUCGGCCACAUGCCGCGUCUAGUUUCACUCGAGAUCGACCUCCUAUUUGCCUUGGACCCGAACAGGCAGCGCUUCGUUCUCAAGUGGUGUCUUAUUGAUAUGCGAAGACUUCGAAAGGCCAUCCUGGGUACUGGGCUUGGAGGCGACUUGCGCAAAUACCGAAAGGAGGGCCUACACUGCAGUAGCACACUCGAGCACCUGAAGAUCUCGGUGGACUUUGCGUGUAAAUCCUACAAAACGUCGCCCAACAGAUUAGACUACGAUAAUCAAGUCCUUCCAGAACAAGCAGAGGAGCAGCAUGGCUGGGAUGAUAGCGACAGCGAUGGAAGUAGCGAAGGGGAAGACGACGAUGACGACGAUGACGACGAUGACGAGGAAGACGAUAACGAGAACGAGAGCGAAGGAGAAGGUGAAGAAGGUUUUGAGAUAAGGAGGUACGGAUCAGUUUGCAGGGUGAUUGAGUGCCCACCCAAUCCCCGUGGCACUUGCACUUGCACAACUUGGGAGAUCAACAGACUUGGGUCAUUGAAGGGUCUCAAGAAGCUCAAAACAUUGGAGAUAGAGCCGAUGCUGCUAUUUGGCUACCCCCGAUCCGCACCGAUCCCGGGCCAUGAUGAGACAGGGCCCAGACAGCCGUUCCGUUGGACGCCUCUGGAUACGCUGCUUCCCGAUACCUUAGAGGAAUUCCGCAUCGCAAAUGGCCCGGUCCGCUGGGUUCUCUUCCAAGGGGACCAAGAUUUCUCAAAGUGGCCGGGUGUUGGUGCUGACUUGGGUGAUCUCUUUGACAUAUUUCUAUCGUACAAGGAGGGAGGUGGCAGUUUGCCCAACCUCCGGAAGGUCGUACACAUGGUUCGGGCAUCGCCUCGUCCUUCGGGAGAUCUCAGCUGGAAUGAGCAGCAGACUAGGUUGAAGGAUAUGCUGAAGGGUCUCGGAGUUGAUUAUGAGUACCCUUGUUGA